AUUCGAUUACUACACAUUUGUGUCUUGACUUAUGGUUGAAUCAUGAACAGAACGAUGUUUUGGAGUUUGUUUUCACUUUUCAUCGUUUUUUAUUUGAAAGUGGUGUUUUGUGGAAAAAGUUCAUUGCUAUCGAUAGAUAACAUGGAAAAUGAUUUGAAUGCUGCUAUCAACAGAAACGAUGGCGUUGAUUCUCUAUUGGAUACCGGAAAAGUGUUAAAACGUGAUAAACGAUAUCUGUUAUGGAUUGGCGGUGGAAUAUCAAAGAUAGUUUUGGGUUUUUUGGCACCAGUCGAAACACGAGAUCGUGUAAAUUGGCGAACAUUAAAUUUAGCGUACAAUUUUCAGGCGCAAUACGUGGCAAUUCCGAAUGCAACGUUUUUAUGGAAUCGUUUUACGCGAGAUUUACGCACACAAAAGAAAUUGUACGACCAAAAAGGUGUUUAUACCAGGGAUUUGACGCGGGAUCUAAUUUAUGGCGCUCUGACAUUAUUUUUGGACAGCAAAGGAAAACCGGGCCGUCAGUGUUUGCUUAAAUCAAUUUGCGACGCCGCUGAACAUCCAAUUGUUCGUCGAGGUGUUUUUGAAGAAAUUAUUCAUCUAAUUUUAACUCCAAGUAUGGAUGAAGUAAUAAACGAUGACUACAAAAACGCCCGAAUGGCUGGCGAGCAGGGUGCGGAUUGUGCACGACUGUAUGGCUGUCCAUUUGGUGAUGGAUUUUUGGAUAAAUUUUCAUAUUUGACUCAUGAAUAGCAGUUCCAGUGUUGUGUUCCGUGUUGAAUAAUGUAGUGUUUUGUAAAUUGUUUGCGUUUGACCAAGAUUUCAAAUAAAAUGCAACAUCUAUUUUGUCACAUGGCCAA